UCCUUCCAUAUUAGUCAAACCUCCACAUUUGGCUCUGUUUUUAGCUGAUUUAUCUCUCUCUACAGCACAGCCAAACGACAAUACAACACCCCUUCUCCCUGCAUUCCCCAUUUAUACCUCUCUUUCCCCCUUUCAACUUUCUCACCUCAUUCUUCUUACUUUUCUGCAAUACUCACAUGGUGAAGUUGAACCCAUUUUCUGCUUUCCCUGUCACCGCUGAUACACCGCAAAAUCUCCCUUUCUACAAUCCUCUUCCUCAUGAACCUGUCGAACCCGUUCAAUCUCCGCCUAUUCGCCGCCGACCCUUUAAGGGAGGCGUCUACAUUUUUACUGGGUUGCUCUUGGUUGGCUUAUUGGUCGCCAUUAUUUGUCAGAAUGGCUUGGGACCUGCCGCCAAAUUGCAAGGAAAUUCCUACUUAAUCUCCAAGUCGCCGAAGAUAUUUCGUCCGUCGUCACGUGGGGUGUCGGUCGGCGUGUCGGAAAAGGCAAAUCCCCAAUUUCUUGGCCGGACUCUCGCUUCGUUUCCUUGGAAUAAUAGUAUGUUGUCGUGGCAGAGAACGGCAUUCCAUUUCCAACCAGAGCAGAAUUGGAUGAAUGAUCCCAAUGGUCCAUUGUAUCACAUGGGGUGGUACCAUUUCUUCUACCAAUACAACCCACAAGCUGCAGUGUGGGGAAACAUUGUGUGGGGGCAUGCAGUGUCGAGGGAUUUGAUUCAUUGGCUUCACCUUCCAAUAGCCCUGCUUCCAGAUCAUUGGUAUGAUAUCAAUGGCGUUUGGACUGGUUCCGCCACUGUUCUUCCUGAUGGUCAAAUCAUGAUGCUCUACACUGGCUCCACAAAAGAGUCUAUCCAAGUUCAAAACCUGGCAUAUCCAGCCAAUUUAUCUGAUCCUUUGCUCAUUGAUUGGGUCAAGUUCCCUGGCAAUCCAGUUCUUGUUCCCCCACCUGGUAUUGAUUUCAAGGACUUCCGUGAUCCAACGACUGCGUGGCUCACCUCGGAAGGGAAAUGGCGAUUGGCGGUCGGAUCGAAGGUCAAUCGAACUGGGAUCUCGUUGUUGUAUGAAACAGAAGACUUCCAACGCUUUCAUCUGUUGGACAAUCUGCUUUGUGCUGUUUCUGAUACUGGAAUGUGGGAAUGUGUGGACUUCUUUCCUGUAUCUAAAACUGAGAACUAUGGCUUGGAUACGUCGGCUAAUGGACCCGAGGUGAAGCAUGUUAUGAAGACGAGCCUUGACGAUGAUCGACACGAUUACUAUUCGCUCGGAACAUAUGAUGAGAAGACUGGUACUUGGAUUCCUGAUGAUCCCAAGACUGACGUUGGGAUUGGGUUGAGAUAUGACUAUGGGAUAUUCUAUGCGUCCAAGUCUUUCUAUGACCAUAACAAAGGAAGAAGAGUGUUGUGGGGUUGGAUUGGAGAGUCGGAUAGUGAAUUUGCUGAUGUUCAGAAGGGAUGGGCAUCAGUUCAAAGCAUUCCAAGAACUAUCUUGUUUGAUAAUAAAACUGGGACCAAUCUACUCCAAUGGCCAGUCGAGGAAGUAGAAAGCUUGAGACAAGAAAGCCAUGUGUUCAACAAUUUGGUGGUCAAGGCAGGAUCAGUGCUACCACUUGACGUUGGCAUAGCCACUCAGUUAGACAUAUCAGCAGAGUUCGAGUUGGAUAAGGAAGCAUUGGAGAAAGCAACCGAAACAAACGUAGAAUUCAGCUGCCAAACAAGUGGUGGAGCAACGAAGCGUGGCGCAUUGGGACCGUUCGGUCUUUCGAUACUUGCAGACGAGAGCCGGAGCGAGCAUACUCCAGUCUACUUCUAUGUUGCAAAAGACCAAAAUGGUAGUCUCAAGACAUUCUUCUGCACUGAUGAAUCAAGAUCCUCUGAGGCAAGCGAUGUGUUCAAGCCAAUAUAUGGAAGUGCUGUUCCAGUGCUUGAAGAUGAAAAGUUCACUUUAAGAAUCCUUGUUGAUCACUCAGUGGUGGAAAGUUUUGCUCAAGGUGGAAGAACUUGCAUCACAUCAAGAGUUUAUCCAACGAAAGCGAUCUACGGAGCUGCUCGGUUAUUCGUAUUCAACAAUGCAUUGGAUACCAACGUGACAGCCUCGAUCACUGUAUGGCAGAUGAAUCCUGCAUUGAUACGCCCAUAUCGUCCCGGUGGAGAUGACUCAUCUAAAAGUUCAGUUGUUUUUAUACCGUUCUACCUGUUCCUAUUGGUUUCAUUGUUGCAUCUGAUCAUAUACAAGGGUGCGUGAGAGAUAAAAUUGUUUGAUCGAGCUGUGUUGAGUUGAGUCAAGUCGAGUCGAACUAGUAAAAUUGUGUUGGAAAAGUGUAUUCCUCACGUUCCAUUCAUUCUUUUUAGUUUAUUUGGGGGAUUGAUGAGAAUAGUUUUUUUUUUUUUUUU